AUGGCAAAGUUCAAUUUUCCACUGAUUUCCACUACAGUUCUGUGGCAUUUGGUGGAACUUGUGUUGUCAUUUGGUGGUAAACAGUGGCAAUGUAAGGAAAAGCCAACAGUUUCCCAUCAAAUGCCAGUACUUACUGGUUUGAGAUACCUGGCCAAGGGUGAUUUCUUGUCUGAAGUGGCAGAUUUAAAUGGAGUUAGUAGGUCCAGUGCAUGUCAUAUCAUUGAUAGCUUUGUAGAAGCAGUAAAUGAUAGACUUGACAGUAUCAGAUUUGAAGCAGGCCUUCUUCAAGACGGAACUUUAAUACCAAUCAUAGCUCCGUCACAAAAUGAAGAGGUUUAUGUCUGUAGAAAAAACUACCAUGCAAUUAAUGUUCAAGCUGUGGUAGAUCACAGAGCAAGGUUUAUUGACUUGGUAGCUAAAUGGCCAGGGUCGACACAUGAUGCAUCCAUCUUUGACAACUGUGGACUCAAGGACGAUAACUUGAGAAUGCUGGGCUACGGAUCACAGAACUUAAUAGGGAGGUUGAUCAUGACCAGCUUUGGAACAACGGACCAUUUAGAAAGACACGAACUAGGUCACCUCCUAGGUGAUUCUGGAUAUCCACUCAGAAAAUACCUCAUUACGCCAGUAACAACUGCGACUACUGAGAAGGAAGUACGAUUCAACCAAGCUCAUUCAAGUGGCCGGAUGGUGGUUGAACGAGCAUUUGGAAUGCUAAAAUCUAGAUUCAGAUGUUUGCACAGAACUGGAGUUCUAUACAAAAGUCCUGGAAAGUGUUACCAAAUUGUAACUGCAUGUACAAGACUGCAUAACUUCUGUUAGGAAAGAAACAUACCAUUACCAGAUAACAACCAAGUCAUUGUUGACAGACAGGAGGAGGUUCUUGCAAAUACUGCAGAUCUAAAUGCUGUUGCUUAUCGGCAGCACAUCAUUGAGCGUUUUGGGUAGAAGAUGGAUUUUCCUCAUGUGUUUAGGUCAGAGUCACAGACUGUUGUUGCAUGGCAGGAAUUAUGGAGCAUUUGAUCAUUUUAGCUUGACUUAGAGUCCACCCAAUGGCAUGUUUAUUCCUUGCUGGAUCGUAUCUAUAUUUUUUUAAACGUUUUUAUGUCAAACAUCUGUUAACAACUGAAUACAACUUUAUAAACUAUACAUUGCUCAAGAAAUAAUAGAUCUCAUCCAGUGAUUGUCGUUGAAUAAAAUCAUUGUCUGGAGGUCAGAUGUGAAGGGAUUAUAUCACAAGCACAGCCCGAAUGUUAUAAUAAUACGCAUUAGAACUACAAUGAUUUUAUUCCAAAGCAAAUCAGUAUGUGAGAUAUAUUAUUUUGAUCCUAACACGUUACAGAGGAUUUUUAAGUACAUCCGUCAAAUAUUUGCUUGAUUUUGUUAGUUACUCUUUCAACGCGCCGCUUUGACGUAAAGGCACUAUGAUGUAAUAAUUGUGAGUCAUAACGGUGAUUUGUUGUAAAAUAACCCACAACUUUCAGCCUUCUUUGUUUCAUAGGAAAAUGAAUCAAGUUGUGAUAGAAUUAAUCAUAUAUAUACAGCGCAGUGCAUUUAUUUGAGCAUUAAACUUUAAUGCCUAGAUAAACAUACUCUACUUUUUUGGCUAAUAGGAUUGCAUCUGAUAUUUUUUUGUUAAUAACAGCAUGUAACUUUUGUUACUUGACAACUGUAUAAACUGUGUAACCUGUAACUUUUGCCACUUUUUUCAACACCAUUUGGACUGUGACAGCAUCUGAUAAUAUCAUGUAAAUUGUAACUGAAUAUACCUUUUGUGACUUGACAACUAUAUAAAUUGUGUAAUCUGUAAAUUUGCCCACUUAAUUCAAUUCCGUUUGGACCUUGGUAACAGCUAAUAAUACCAUGUAAAAUUGCAACUAUUUUUACUUAGGAAAUUUCAUUGAUAAUCUCUGCUAACAUCGGAAUACAACUGAUAAGUAUGUAACGUACCUUUGACAACAACAGUGAUUACUAUGUAAAUUGUAAUUAUUUUUACUAGUAAAAUUCUUAGUACCUACGACAGCUGAAAAUAUUAAAGUUAAGUUUCUUUAUAAGUAUGUAGCUUGUAAAUGUCAACAAAAUUGAUUGAUAUUUUUGAAAAAUUUUGUAACCAUCUCCUUUUUUUUUGAUUUCAUUGAGACCCUGCCAACACCAGAUAAAACUGUAUUUAUAAAUUGUAACUAUUUUUCACUUUCUGAAUUUCAUUGUACCUCUGAUACCAUCUAUUUACAACUGAAUAUAGUUCUUUUUGUUUGCUCACCAAUAUUUCAUAUGUGGUAUUAACUAAACAAUAUUUGAUGCCGAAAAAAACAUACUGAAUUGUAUUGUUUAUAUACUGAAAUGGACAAAAUAAUAGGAUAAAAAACAUAUGCACAAUGUUUUUUUUAUUAAAAUUGAAGUGUAUUCAAUUAUUUGAACUGUGGCAGUUUUCUAUCAAUGAUAAUAGUAAACUUAGCCCGACUACUUGAAGAAUAAGUAGAGCUAUCCUACUCUCCACGAUGUCAGCAUUAGUGUUCCACCUUGGUUAAAUUUUUGUAUCAGUCCUUUUUUUAGCAGAUACCAUGAUAAAGGUUCGUCAUAUAGCAGUUUUUAUUUCCAAUAUAUGUUUCAUUGUAAUUCAAAAAUGGUAUGAAUCCAGACACUUAUUAAAUUGACUACAAAUGUAUUUACCUUCAUCAUGCUGGACAUAAUUGAUUCUGACUUUGCAACCAGUGCAGAUCAAGAUCAGACUGCACAUCCAGGUAUACUGAACAUAAUCUGCAUUGUUGAGUCAGUUUAUUUAGGUAAGCAUUCAUUUUCACUGUUAAUAACUCUGUCAAAAUUGAAAGCUGGACAAGCACAUUAAAGAAUUUUAGUAUGGGAAGGGUUUAUAUAAUUAUAUGCUUAUGUACAAGUAAAAUGGUUAUAAAACUUCCUUAACAAAUCUGAAAGAAACUACAAACUAUUGCCUUGCAGCAAUUUACAUUUCUACCAAGUUUAAUUGAAAUCCUUCUAUUCUUACUUGGAAGGACAGAAAAUGGUUUAAACCACAAUGAUUUUUACAUGAACAAAGGACCAUAUCUCUUGUCGUACUAAUACAAUUUGACAAGCUGAGUUUAAAUUUCAAAUUCUACCAUGUUUUAUAUAAUUACUCAACAUCAAGUAAUUGAUAUAGUUUUGGGUGGAUGAAAAGUUGGCAGUCCAGACAAAGCCACAGCUAUAUUCCUCUGCCUUCACUGGCAGACAGAAAUGUGCUGAAACCAUUAAGAAACAACAAAGUAAAUAAGUGCUACAAGAUUUACUUUAUAAUAUCUCAGUUUUCAACUUUGUACAUUGAAUUUCAUCCUCCUUUAUAUGCUGUCCUCUUUU